UCUUGUACAUGAUUUCGUGGGUUAAUAACAACUCGUGUGUAUGGUACAGUACGUCACACAGCUAUAAUAGUGUCAUACAUAGUUAUACAUAUCGCUUUAGCACGCCCUAUCCACCCCCUCAGGUGAACAACGGCCUCCCCCUCCUCCCCCUCUCAUGCUCGCGCACGGCCCUCGCCCAGAUCCCCCUUUUCUCUCCCUUCUUCCGCAUCGCGGUAUCCCCCGUCAUAGCGCCUACAACCCUAUCCCCAAGUCCGGUAUUUGGUGUCGGUGCUCUCUGAUGGUUCGGAUGCAGCCAGGGACGCUUCUCCCCUGUCAUAGGGUUUCGAUUAUUGCCCUGCCGCGAGGGGAGAGAAGUGAUACUGCCGCCUGCAGAGGUAUGAUAUCGCUGACGUCCGAGCAUGCUGUCGAAUAAGCCUGUGCGACGUCGUUUCGUCCCGAGGGCGGUCGAGUGGCUACUCCGACCUGUGGAAGGCGAACCCGGCGCGAGCGCUUGGAGGGCAUGUGCAGCACCACCGUGCGUGCGCCUGCAGCUGGGGCACGCUGUUUUCCGCCGUCCUGUCGUACCAGAGGCGAUGCUCAUUGCACCAAGGACAGGAUUCGCACGCCGCGCCCGAUGGAACCCUGGUCGAGCCAUGCUCCUCGAAUGGGUGCGGGGCUUGACGGCCUGUUGGUGCUUGUGAACAUGACUGGGUGUGCCAAAGAGACGCUCGAGAAGGGAGGGUUUAUUCUUCGCCUUGGUGGAUCGGAUCGGCAGUACGGGCGGCGAGCGUGAGCGGGGGCGGUUGUGGGAGGC